AUGGAUAGGGGAACAGGCUUCACAUGGACGCCCAAUCCAACGAAGUACGAGGAUGCAUUCAAGGUGAUGAAGACAGCUCUCGAGCAAGGAGCCAACUUCUGGAAUGGCGGCGAGCACUAUGGCCCUCCGGACGCGAACUCACUGCAGCUACUCAGGGCAUACUUUAGCAUGUAUCCUGAGGAUGCAGACAAGGUCGUGCUAAGCAUAAAGGGCGGGAUGGGUAAAGACCACGCCUUCGACGGGACAGAGAAAGGAGUACGGCCGAGCGUAGAGAACUGUGUGCGCCUCUUGGGAGGAACAAAGAAAAUCGACAUCUUCGAGUGCUCGCGCGUGGACAGGAAUACACCCAUCGAAGAGACGAUGGCGGCCUUGCUCAAGAUGCGCGACGAGGGCUUGAUCGGGGGUAUCGGUCUGUCUGAGGUUCGGGCCGAGACGAUUCGACGGGCAGCCAGAGUAGCUCCAAUUGCUGCGGUGGAAAUAGAGCUAAGCCUCUGGAGCACUGGCCCCACAAACAAUGGCAUCCUCGAAACAUGCAAAGAGUUCAAUAUCCCCGUCAUCGCCUAUUCACCCCUGGGCCGCGGGUUUUUGACUGGCAAGAUCCAGUCUCCUGAUGACCUGCCGGAUGGGGACAGACGAAAGACCUUCCCAAGGUUUCAACCAGGCAAAAUAGAGAAUAACAUAAAACUCGUAAAGGCCCUCGAGGGCAUUGCCGACCGGAAGGGUGCGACCUUGCCACAGAUUGCCAUAUCCUGGGUUCUUGCUCUAGAGAAGAGGUUCCAUGUUACCAUAGUCCCUAUCCCGGGCUCAACGAAGCGCGAGAGAGUGCUUGAAAACUCCAGGGCGUUGUCUCUAGCUGAAGAGGAUUUGGAAGACAUAAACCGUAUACUCUCUCAACAUCCCGUUGAGGGCGACAGGUAUGAGGAGCAGGUCAUGCUCCUGAGCGAUGGCUAG